GAUUACAGAAGCCGACACAGCACUCCUGAUUAUAAAACAGAAUUGCAUGUUCCGGGUGCAAAACUGAAUGUUCAUAAUCCAGAAAAAAACAGAUUUCUGCUUCCAGAAUACAGGACUUCAGCUUCAUCUUCAGGGUGCAAAACAUUAAAAAGCAGCGUACAGGAAAAAAACCAAAAACACAUGUUGGGAAUCACAAUCCUGGCACGUGACAGGGUCCCGUGACCCCUGAGCCGAUCACAUGACGAGUUUCUUGCCCUAAUCAACAUGGCCGCGUCUAUCUCCGGAGAGAAAUUUCACCAGAAACUUAUGGACCCCAAGCCGGGUACUGACACCGGUGACCCCGUGUCCAAACCCGACCUGCGCAGCGUCCUGGUAACCAGUGUCCUAAGCCUGGAAGAACUUGAUACCGACCUGUACAGUGUGUUCUCUUCCCUCAGGGGAACUCACCACUGGGUGCCCCGGACUAAGCGCUUGUUCGGUGGGCAGAUUAUUGGACAGGCUCUCGUUGCAGCAGCCAAGUCAGUGAGUGAGGACGUCUGCGCCCACUCCUUACACUGCUACUUCGUACGGGCAGGAGACCCGAAGGUGCCCGUUCUGUACCAGGUUGAUCGGACGCGCGAUGGGAGAAGCUUUAGCGUGCGUUCAGUGAAGGCUAUUCAGCACGGACAGCCCAUCCUCAUCUGCCAGGCCUCUUUCCACCAAUCACAGCCCAGCCCUGUGCAGCACCAGUUCACCAUGCCGAGCGUACCUCCUCCAGAAGAGCUGCACAGCGUCGAGGAGCUCAUCCAGAAAUACCUCAGCGAUCCAAACCUGGCAGAGAAAUACAAACUGGGACUGAAUAACCUGCUGGCCCAGGAGGUGCCAAUCGAAAUCAAACCCGUGAACCCACCUGAUAUUUACCACAGGGUGGCAAUGGAGCCCAAGAAGCUGUUCUGGGUUCGAGCCCGGGGACAUAUUGGUGACAGCGAUAUGAAGCUGCACUGCUGCGUUGCUGCCUAUGUGUCGGACUACUACUUCCUAGGCACAGCACUGCUGCCCUACCCCCAGCAUAAGACACACUUCAGCGCCUCUCUCGACCAUGCAAUGUGGUUCCACAGCUCCUUCCGUACUGAUGAGUGGAUGCUGUACGAAUGCGAGAGCCCCUGGGCAGGAGGCAGCAGGGGAUUGGUCCAGGGGCGGCUGUGGAGGCGUGACGGAGUGCUGGCGGCCUCGUGUGCACAGGAGGGGGUACUGCGAGUCAGGCCGGUGCCCAGUCAGAGCAAGCUGUAGGUUCUUUGUAGAGGGCAGCUGUGGAGUCUCCAUGAUUCACAUGGGCAUCAUUCCUCUUCUGUCAGUAUGGUAAAAAUGCUGAAAUUGAUUCCAAAUCGACACAAAAAAGAAUACUGAUAAAGUUCAUAUUUGAUGAUGUUUUUUCAACAGUUCUGUAAGUCUGGCUAUGAAGUCAAACGGGUGGUUUCAUCUUUAAUCCUGGGCUACUCUAUAACAUUAGGGAGUCCAAGAUUACAGCUCUCCGUGUCUUUGAAGCCAGUUACAGGUUUUAAACAACUUGAAGCUGUUUGGAAGUUUUAUUCACUUAUAGUUAUACUAGUUCUAAAGACAACCAAGACCCUUAAGAGAUCGAUUCAUCAUUUCACAUGAUCAGAACCAGACUGUCCUCAUGACAUUCCUAGUUAGAGUUCUGUUCGGGGCUCCCAGCUGGUGUGACACAAUAUCUACCCCUUGUAUUGGGCUUACUGGUUUCUGUGAACCCCACAGUCACAGCAGUCGAAAUCGAUCAGCGUAUUUGCACGCUGUGAGUGAGGAGAUCGCUUGUCGUAACCAGCUCUGACCCUUCCCUGGGGCUGUUGUCCACUCAAAUCAACAUUUAAGAGCAGCAGACUCUUAUCCAACAAGCACAAGCGCGUUCCGUCGCUUGAUUCAUGAGUGUUUAGAAAAGAAGAGCUGACAUGGAGGGGGCUGGUACACAGAACGUGUCCCGCUUGUCUUAGAAAUAGGACAUGUUACAGUGGAGGAAGUCAGGUUGGUUUUCAGUCACUUCACCUGUGAAUUGCACGAAGAGCUGCUCUGGGGUUUAUUGUUUAAAUGAUGUAAUCUAAAUAAACGAUAAAUCUCCUCAAGUAAUGCAGCAUGAAAGUAGAUUGUUAAAAUGUAAAGCCCCCUUUUUAAGGUUGAGGGGCAUAGCGAUUUGUUUUUAUGUUAAACACAGUUCUUUUUUUUAAUUAUUAAGGAAUAAAUGUAUAAAAAUGUAUUGUGACCCUUUGCAAAACACAUGCUAAAUGAAAAGCAAUAAACUCCCAACAUGUCUUA